AUGGCGAAGUCCAGGCGCAGGCGCGGACCAAGCUCGGCUACGGCCAGAGACGGCCAAGGCAGUUCUAGUGGUGGCGGCCAUGGAAAACCUAGUGGCGGCGGCCAUGGGAAACCAAGCAGCGGCAGCGGCCGGCACGAAGCCAUAGCGGCGGCGGCAGCGCAGCAAGCACACGACCAGAUCGAGAUGGCCCAGGAAUAUGACAGCAAACCAGAUCGAUGA